AUGACGCCAUACAAUUCUGGUAUCGACCAAUCCCAUACUUUGAAAGUCAUUCCAGUAUUAGCCCUUAACUUGCCAUCUAGGAAUUUGAGCAUCGUCUGGGAGGAUUCGUCAGACGAAAUUGUGUUGUGUCUAGGGACGAGCAUUGUAAACGUUAGUGGGUGGAUAAAUUUGCUGUCCUCGGUGUUUGAGCUGAGCGGUUGUGCAAGGAGGACUCCCGCGCCAGCAGGAGAAUUCGAAAAUUUGUGA